AUGUGUAACAAAGCUCUUGGGAUCUCAACAAUUGUUGUGGGAAACUUGACUAAUCCGUUUGGCCUCUCCAUAACCAAUCAAUCACUACUAGUGGCCAAUACCAUUGGUCAGACAAUCCUCUAUGUAGAUUUGAAUAAUUACUUUAAUUAUAGUGUCAUUGUGGGUGUGAAAGAUGUUGCUGGAUUUAACGGAGAUGGUCAAUUGACAUAUUUAAAUAUUACACUUGCCAAUCCACAAAAAGCUUUUAAAUAUAAUUCAUUGAUUUAUGUGGCCGACACUUGGAAUCAGAGAAUUAGAGUUAUUGAUGGGAAUUUUAUGUAUACUUUAAUUGGUGAUGGUGAAUGUGGUGAUUCCAAGAAUGGAAAUGAUUUAAAAUCUUUUCAAUUAUGUAAUCCAACGGAUAUAUUCGUAUUGGAUGAUAUAAUUUAUAUAUGUGAUUCUAAUAAUCAUAAAAUAAGAAAGAUACAAAAUGGAACUGUUGAAACCAUAUGUGGAAAUGGUGACAAUGGAUUUAAUGGAGAUGAUAUCAAGGCAGUUGACGCAAGUUUGAAUGAGCCUCAAUCUAUAUACGUUACCAGAAACACUAAAGGAACAGACCAUAUAUUAUAUAUAGCCGAUACAAGCAAUCAUCGAAUUAGGAAAGUGGAAAACGGAAUUAUUUCAACUAUUUGUGGAAAUGGUGAAAGUAAAUAUAAUGGGGAUUUGAUUCCUGCUAAAGAAGCUUCUCUAAACAAUCCAAAAUCUGUAUUGGUAACAUCUGUUGGUGAGGUUUAUUUCAGAUUUUUCAAAUAA